CCGUUCACGAACAACUUUCUGCGAGCUGAUAUCCAUCAGUUAUUAUUAUUUGAUCUCCUCCACCAGCCAAUCAAAGGCGCCUCCAAGGACCAUCUUGUGGACUGGGUAGUGAAAUACCUCAGGAUUACACACAGUACCAAACGAGGGGAUGAAAUCAUGAGUGAUAUAGACCGCAGAAUUGCUGUUGUAGCCUCAUUCUUUGGUCUAUGGCAAUUUCACAAAGGCCGUGACUUCAGACAGUGGACAGGGAAUGAUUCUAAAGUGUUGAUGAAGGUUUUCAUUCCAGCUAUUGAAGGCCAUGUAUCUCAAGAUAUGGUGCGC